GAGUUCAUUUCUCAAGAUUAAUAGAUAACGUCACGAGUUAUCUAUUAAUUUUGAGAAAUGUUUAUAAGAGCCGACAUUUUUUUUUAAGUUCUGUAUUUACUUAUUACUUGUUACUAUUAUGACAAAGUAUUUUACUUAGUUAUUAGUUGAUUUUUGGUCUUCUAAUUGCUGAUUUAAAUUAUUAUCAUUUUUUCUAUUCUUAUAUGCAGUACAUUUUUUAAUUUGACUCGCGCUUCGCCCUCUGCGUCCUCGUGGGAUGAUAAUCAAAGGCAUCAACCCCGUGCCGGAGGCAAAGCUGCGUCUUUACAAAGAGUACAACAUGACACCCGAUUCGGUGGCAGAUGACGUGCAGGCAAUCAAGGAUUGGGCCAACAAACAGCCACACCUCCCAAAUUUCGAAAAAGCAGUUGACUCUGACAAAUGGAUUGAAAACGUGCUUCUCAUGGUGAAGAACAGCAUGUCAAAAGCCAAGAAUGUGAUUGACACUUACUUCUCACUGAGGACAAUCCACCCCACACUCUUCCAAGGCCGAGAUCCAAGUUUGCCUGCCAUGAAACGCAGCUUUGAAGAUGUCCAUAUAGUGAUUCUGCCCGGCCUAACAAAAGAGGGCAACCGUGUAAUACUGAUGCGCAUCAAUAACCCGGACCCGGAUGACUAUGACCUUGAAGCACACAUGAAGAGAUCACUCAUGCUGAUGGAGAUCUACCUUCGCGACGGAGUCGACUUCACUGGUCUUCAAGUCGUCCAUGAUUUCAAGAACUUCAAACUGGGUCACCUGACACAUUUUAACCUGCAGCUGUUGAAGAUGAUGUCCACUGGAAUGAAAGGUUACCAAUUCAGACUGCCAAAAACCAUAAUGAUGAAUGCGCCAUCUCACAUUGACACACUUAUGACUGUAUGCAGACCUUUCAUCAAUGCCAAAGUUAUGGCGAGGGUUAAAAUAAUCAAAGACCAACUGAAACUUGCUGAGGAGCUACCUCCUGAGAUGGUCCCUGUUGAAUAUGGUGGCACGGCUCCAAGUGUUGAAGAACUGAACAAUCAGUGGCGUGAAAUCCUGAUGAAAAAUCGUCCCUACCUGGCUGUAGUCGACUCUUUAAAGACAAACGAGAGCUUGAGGCUGGAAAAGAAAUUCAUCCAAACCGAAUUUGGAGGAGAAAAUGGCUCAUUUAGGAAAUUGGCAGUCGACUAAAACUACAAAAAAA